AUGAGAAAUCCCUUCGAUAUGACCGAUCUGGAUGCCGUCGUCGAGCAGGAAGAGGCCAAGUCCUACAUGGAUAUCCACGCCUACCAGUCUCAUGAUGGCAAUCGCUCCCUGCUACAGAACGAAAACCGCCACGGGGGCAGUCUGAAAGAUCGCUUCAUCGGUGCCAUUGACACCGGUACCACCAGCUCCCGCUUCAUCAUCUUUGACUGCACCGGCGUUCCGGUGGCCAAAUAUCAGAUGGAAUUCCGUCAAAUUCACGAACACUCAGGAUGGCACGAACAAGAUCCUUUCGAGCUCGUCGAUUCCGUAUACACCUGUAUUGAAGAAGCAAUGAAGACUUUCCUCGCUCUCGGGCACUCCCGGGACGACAUUGAGGCUAUCGGUAUCACCAGUCAACGAGAGACAACCCUUUGCUGGGACUGGGAGACCGGCGAGCCUCUACACAAUGCGAUCGCAUGGCCCGAUACCAGAACCACUGGGCUGGUCCGAGAACUCAAAGCUAAGAAGGGUGCGGACGAACUGUCGAACAUUUGCGGGCUUCCCCUGUCGACCUACCCGUCCUCCGUCACACUGGUCUGGAUGCUCCGCAAUCUCCCUGAGGUUAAGAGGGCCUACGAUGAGGGUCGCCUCGCUUUUGGUACGGUGGAUACCUGGCUCUUGUACAACCUGAAUGGUGGACCGGAAGGCGGUCGGUUGGUCACUGACGUCACCAACGCCUCGAGAACCAUGUUCAUGAACCUUGAAACCCUCGAUUAUGACGACCGCCUGUUGAACUUCUUCGAAAUCGACAGGAACAAGAUCAAACUCCCCGAGAUUAUCCCGUCGUCGGACCCUGAAGGUUACGGGUGGGUCAGAGACGGCCCACUUGAGGGCAUCCCCAUUACCAGCUGUCUUGGGGAUCAAUCGGCAGCCUUGGUUGGUCACUGUGCAUUUACUCCGGGGUCAGCAAAGAACACCUACGGCACAGGGUGUUUCCUCCUUUACAACGUUGGCGACAAGCCAGUCAUUUCCAAGCAUGGUCUGCUUGGAACAGUGGCCUUCCAGUUGGGCAAGCAUCGGAAGCCAGUGUAUGCGCUCGAAGGCAGUGUCGCCGUUGCUGGCAGUGGUAUCUCCUUCCUGAUGAACAACAUGGGUUUCUUCCGCGAUUCCCGUAAAGUCAGUGACCUUGCUGCAUCCGUUCCGGACAGUGGUGGCUGCUACUUCGUGACUGCCUUCAGUGGUUUGUUUGCGCCUUACUGGAUUGACGAUGCCAAGGGAACAAUCUUUGGCAUCACCCAACACACGCAACGUGGACACAUCGCACGUGCCACCAUGGAAGCCGCCUGCUUCCAGACCAAGGCCAUCUUGGAUGCCAUGGAGAUGGACAGUGGACACAAGUUGUCGGAAUUAGCCGUUGACGGCGGAAUGAGUAAUUCCGAUAUCUGCAUGCAGACCCAAGCCGAUGUCAUCCAGAUCCCUGUUGAUCGUCCGGCCAUGCACGAGACCACGGCGCUGGGAGCCGCGAUCGCAGCUGGCUUCGCGGCCAACAUCUGGCAGGAAUUCGAGGAACUCAAGGACAUGAACCGCGCCAACCGCACCACCUUCCUUCCCCACGCCUCCCCCGUACAGAGCAAGAAAAUGUACCGCCAGUGGACCAAAGCCGUCGAGAUGUCGCGCGGCUGGAUCGACACGAAUGAAAUGGACGGCGAAGAGAACGGCGAGAACGGAGCGUAA